GACGCUGUACCUGGGCACGCUGCUGCUGGUGUACGACGAGGGGGGCGACCACCACGAGGGCGCCGUGCGAGUGGGCGCCGCCACGCGCCACCUGCUGGCGGCGCUGAAGGCGAAUCUGGAGCGCAAGGGAGACGCGUUCCACGAUGAGGCGAUGCGCGCCGUGUUCCUCAUGAACAACUGCGAGUACAUCCAGCGCAAGGUGGAAGAGCAGCAUGUGAAGAUGAUUCUUGGGCGGGCAUGGGUGGACGAAAACGCAAAGGACCUCGAGAAGCACCGAGAUGUCUACAUUAGAUGUAUUGUGAAUAAGGUGUCGGCUGUGCUGUCGGACCACCGGGGCGACGUGGCGGCGUUCACUCGGCGAGUGCAGGCGCUGCAGGCGGUGCUGGAGGGCGUGCAGGCGCAGCAGAGCGGGUGGAGCAUCGGGAAUGGCGACCUGCGCGCGUUCGUGCGGGGGGAGGUGGCCUCGCAGGUGCUUCUCCGAUACUCCGACUUCCUCGACCGCCACAGUCCCCGUGUUGCGGUGCCGUUGAGGCGAUGGAGGGAGCGUGUUGAGGGAUGUGGUGGAGGUGGGGUAGUGAGGCAUGUGGGGAGUAAGGGAGGGAGAAGCAGCAAGAAGGGAAGGCGAUGA